AUGAAGAGAUCAGUUCCAGAUGUGUGUGCUACUUGCCACGCUGAUGCCACUUGCCAACAAAUUGAAGGAAAAAGUGUCUGUAUUUGUAACUAUGGAUUUGUGGGGAAUGGAAGAACGCAUUGCCAAGACAAAGACGAGUGCCAGAUUGGAGCUGCCAAGAUGUGCGGGAACCAUACCCUGUGUCAUAACACACAUGGAAGUUUUUACUGUGUUUGCCUUGAUGGAUAUCGUGCCUCUAACAACAACAAGACUUUUAUUCCCAACGAUGGAACGAACUGUACAGAUAUAGAUGAAUGUGAAGAAUCUGGGAUGUGUGGUCCCAAUGCAAGAUGUGUGAAUACGGAAGGAAGCUACAAGUGUUACUGUAUUGAUGGUUAUAAACUAGAAAAUGGAGAAGAUUUUUUUCAUCCAGAUGAGAAUAUGGUUUCAUGCAAAGAAAUCAGUUGUGGCUCCCCUCCUGAGAUGAAGCAUGGUUACAUUGUAGGGAACUACGGAUUGGUACCAGGAAGUGCGGUUCGUUACCAGUGUAAAGAAGGGUUUUACAGCGAAGAGGGGGAUUUUUCUAUUUGCACUGCAAAUGAAACUUGGGAACCUGCCACUUUAAGCUGUAAAGGUGUGGAUUGUGGAGUUCCACCUUCUAUCAUAAAUACGUAUUCACCAUCUUUAAAUGAAACCACAUAUGGAAGUGCAGUUACGUACCGUUGUGCUCAUGGUUACUUUAUUACAAGUGGCAAUCAGACUGCAGUUUGCAAUGCCAAAGGCCAAUGGGAUGGUGCCGAUUUGGUGUGCAGAGAAAUAGACUGUGGCAAACCCUUGUUGAUUCCACACACAGAAAUGGUCUGGGACAACUCUACCACACUGCGGAGCAGAGUGUACUAUCGAUGUGAAGAAGGAUAUUACUUCCAUGGAGACAGGAAUUUUUCAGAGUGCACAAUGGACCAGAAGUGGGAAAAUAUUACAUACCUAUGCAAAGAGGAAGAAUUACUCAGUAACUUGUCCAUAUUCAAUGAAACCUGUGUGAAGUGGCAGAGGAAAACGGGAAGAUCUGGUGUGCAGAAAACAUACACAUUUCGCAUACUGGGUCAAAGGUGGGAUGAGAAGACCUUCUCAGAGGUUGUGACACUUAACAUCACUACAAGAGAAGACAACCCAGAGGUCUGCCUAGAACUCGACUCCGGCACUAACUAUCUGGUGAAUGUUACCACCAUCUCUUCUGCAAACGUCACCGUCUCAGGUACAGUAGCAGUUCAGACAAAAGUAAAGGAAGCUUUCAACAAUGUAUUAAUUUUUAAUGACACCUGCUUGAAAUGGCAGAGAAAUGUCAGGGGAGCUGCUAUAGAAGACAGAUAUUCAUUUCAUGUGCAAGGCCAGCGUUGGUAUCAGAAGGAGUUUUUUCAUGAAAUGACUUUCAGCCUUACCACGUACAAGCGGGCUCCAGAAGUUUGUUUUGAUUUGCAGCCAGGCACAAAUUACUCUGUUAAUAUUUCCAUAGUAGCUUUGAAUUUUUCACUGCUGGUUUCCAUGACAACACAGAUUGCAGAUCCUCCGUUCCCAGAUGUAGAGUUUGUUGCAGUAAAAGGUUCUGUGCCCUUGCUCCGACUCCGGAAAGCAGAUGAUCGGAACGGCCCGAUCAGUUUUUAUCAAGUGAUUGUGGUUCCCCUGGGUUUGCAGAACACUUUUAUUUGCGAUUCGUUUGCUGCUGCAACUUUCUUCAGCAACACCACUGACACCGAGGGAUACGUGGCAGCUGAAUUCCAAGCCAAAGAUGUUGCUGAUAACAUGUCAGUCACUCUUGGAGACAGACAUUACUACGGGAAGUUUUAUAAUGCUCCUUUAAAGUUGGGAAAAGAGUAUUCUGUUUUUUUGAGAAUAAUAAGCGAGUGGAAUAAGGUGAGAACACAGUCCUGUGCUGUUUGGGCACAAAUUAAAAAUUUAUCGCCCGCUCCACAAUACGUGACCGCCGUCGGAUUAGGGUCGGUUGCUGCCAUCUGCCUUAUACUGUUCCUUUCUUUCUCAGCAGCACGGUCCUUUCUGGACAGCACAGCCCGCUGCCCGCCUGCUGCUUUGGUCUGUGAAGCCGUGCAUUUAUCUGCUACCACAGACAUGACACAAGCAGGGAUCACAUCAUCCUUCCUAGAGAAUGAAAAUGUCUCUCCUCUCUAAUGUUUUAUCCCCCCGAGUCAGCACAGAGAAAAUCCAGUCUCCUUACCAAAGUCAAUGUACGUCAGAUAUAGGUG